AUGGAUUUCUUCGAAAAAAAAAAGUACGAGUUUCCUACCAAAUGUGUUACAAAAAUAGCGGGGUUGUCCAUUAUCCAAGCUGCAGAAGCAAAAUCAGAUGACAGAUUUUUAUGUGAAAUAAAAGAUGUAGAUUUCAUAGCUCGUAAAGUGCACCAUUAUAAUAACUGUCAUAAGGAAUACACAAGACUUCCGGAUAGACGACUCCAUGCCGCUCCAGAAAGCGAGUCACUUGCACAGCAAAAGGUACAUAGAGGUGUUGAACGCAGUCUAUUACCUCCUUGCAAAGCUUCUCUUGAAAACCACAUCAGUCGGGUAAACUACCAGUGCUACAUAUGGAAUAAUGCCCACGUCGCUAAAUCUAUGGCACCAAGUCCAGUGAGGCAUGGCUGGAAAUUGGAAAAUGGACAAGUGAAGAUUGAUUGGAUUAAAGGGGAUCCAUUGCCGCCCGAACUAACCGAUGUUAUGGAAAGCUAUCAUCCAGAUGAGUUUGAAGAUGGAGAUGAGCCAGACCUAGUAACCUUCACUGAUAUACUACAUGAGGUUGAUGAAGAUGAAGAAAAAAGCUAUUGA